AACUCUGGAUCCUCAGUGAAGACAGAAGGGAAAAUGAUGAAAUUCUGGAGGGUUUCACUGGUGUUCCUGUGGCUGCAGUAUAAUUGUGUGAGCAGCCAGCAGAAGGUGCAGCAGACUCCUGAAUCUCUCAGUGUCCCAGGGGGAGCCAUGGCCUCUCUCAACUGCACUUUCAGCGAUAGUGCUUCCCAGUACUUCUCGUGGUACAGACAGCAUCCUGGGAAAGGCCCUGAGUUUCUCAUGUCCAUCUUCUCCAAUGGUGAAAAGGAAGAAGGCAGAUUCACAGUUCACCUCAAUAAAGGCAGCCUGCAUGUUUCUCUGCACAUCAGAGACUCCCAGCCCAAUGACUCAGCUGUCUACCUGUGUGCAGUGAACACACAGUGCUCCCCAGUCACCUGCAGCCUGUACCCAAACCACUGGGACCCAGCAAGGCCUGAACUGGAGCAUGCUCUAUUUGAAAGAUUCAGUCUUUUUCAGAGAAGCUUCUUGAUGCAACAUGUGGUGAUUGUCAAGGACCCAGAAAUCACUGUGCUGCGGAGAAAAGGCUAUAGCACAGUCAGCCCCAGAUUGGACAAUUCUAUCACACACCAUCUUCCCAAGACAUCUGUGGUUCAGAUUGAGGGGAAACCAGCAGAGGGCACUGCCUCUUCAGAUGUGGUUAAUGUCUCAUCAGGUGAUGGCUUCACAAGACAGACUGUCACUGUGCAGAAGGAGGUCCUUGUUUAUGAGUGA